UCCCUGCCUCCCUCUUUUUCUCUCCUCCUCUGUCGCUCCGGGACGCCGCAGCUCCUCCUCAUCUUUCUCCUCCCAGGUCGUGAAGCAAACAAACAGCCACCAUGUCUGAGAAGAAGAUGACCUCCAGCCGCAGGCAUCACCUGAAGAGCUUGAUGCUCUCUAUCGCCGCCAACUGGCUGGCGAAUGAGAAGACUGAGCUGGUGAAGAUCAAGGAGGCCUACAUGGAAGAGAACUGUCCUCGUCCCAGCCUGAGUGGAGACCAGGCCUCGCUGAUGGAAACCUGCAAGAAGCUGCACGCUCUCAUCGACAAGAUCGACGAGGAGAGGUACGACGCCGAGGCCAAGGUCGUCAAAACCGACAAAGAGAUUGAUGACCUGAAGAUCAAAGUGGUGGACCUGGCGGGCGUGAAGAAGCCCGCCCUGAAGAAGGUGCGCAUGUCGGCCGACGCCAUGCUGAAGGCCCUGCUGGGCUCCAAGCACACGGUCAACAUGGACCUGAGGGCCAACCUGAAGCAGGUCAAGAAGGAGGUGAAAGAGGAGCCUGCGGAGGCGGUCGGCGACUGGCGUAAGAACAUUGAGGACAAGGCUGACAGGAAGAAGAUGUUCGAGACUUCCUAAAGCGCCUCUCGCUGUGCGUGCGCUCGCUCCGGGCUCCGGGCUCCGGGCUCCGGGCUCCGGGCUCCGGGCUCCGGGCUCCGGGCUCCGGGCUCUGGGCUCCGGGCUCCGGGCUCCGGGCUCCGGGCGCUUUUUAUGGAUUCACUGCCAAAAUGUCUUGUUUUUCACUGAGUGGAAAUGCUUUUUGUUUCAUUAAAUCUGUAACUUCCA